AUGGGCCGCUACGAGUUCGAGGUGACCUUCGAAGAUGAGACCCACGGCCUCCAGACCAACCUCACCACGGGCAAGUCUCGUCGCAUCCAGCGCCUGCAGCGGGGCGAGCCGAUGCCUGCCUGGGAGUUCAGAGAGUCGCGGCAACAGCAGCAGGUCAUCUCAAAACCUGUCGAGACCAAGCCGCAGAGAACGGAGGCUCCCAAGUUGAACGCCACCAAGAUCGACAGCAACUUGCCCACCUGCUGCGUGAUGGCCACACCAACCAAGUCCUACGACGGCGACUUCCAGUGGGUCAUCGAGCUGGAGAAGGGAUGGAGUUCAUGGAUGCCCAACAACGAGCCCUACCUGGGCGGCACUGAUGAGCCGAUGCGCUACAGCAUGGGUCGCUACGACUUCGAGGUGACCUUUGAAGAUGAGACCCACGGCCUCCAGACCAAUGUGACCACUGGCAAGUCUCGUCGCAUCCAGCGCCUGCAGCGGGGCGAGCCGAUGCCUGCCUGGGAGUUCAGAGAGUCGCGGCAACAGCAGCAGCCGGCCAAAUCCGCCAGCCGGCCAGCGGAGCGGAAACCCGCACCGGCAGAGCCUAAGGCUCGCGCCACCAAGGUCGACAGCAACUUGCCGACCUGCGCGGUAGUGGGCACUUCGGUGAAGAAGACCUACGAGGGCGACUUCCAGUGGGUUAUCGAGUUGGAGAAGGGCUGGGACACGUGGCUGCCGCAGGAUGCCCCCUACCUCGGCGGCACCGACGAAGUCAUGCGGUACAGCAUGGGCCGCUAUGACUUCGAGGUCCACUUUGACAGUGACGACAAGGGAGUCCAGACGAACCUCACCACCGGCAAGACUCGCCGUGUCCAGCGCUUGCAGAAAGGAGAGCCGAUGCCUGCCUGGGAGGGUACUGGCACGCGACGCCGGACUGCGGGCGCACCGGCAGAGCCGGCAGUGCCGAAAUCCUCCGCAGCCGCUGCAGCACAAGCAAACCGCACCGUGCGCCGCACCGGCGACACCAAGCCGACUCCUGCGCAGAGGCCCCAGGUGCCUGACCUGCCGCAGCAGAAUGCGACCAAGGCUGCCAGCAACCUGCCCACUUGCUACUACAUGUCAGCCAACGGGGCCAAGUCCUACGACGGCGACUUCCAGUGGGUCAUCGAGCUGGAGAAGGGAUGGAGCGCGUGGAUGCCCAAUAAUGAGCCCUACCUCGGUGGCUCCGACCAGACUGUGCGAUAUGCCAUGGGCCGCUACGAGUUCGAGGUGACCUUCGAAGAUGAGACCCACGGCCUCCAGACCAACCUCACCACGGGCAAGUCUCGUCGCAUCCAGCGCCUGCAGCGGGGCGAGCCGAUGCCUGCCUGGGAGUUCAGAGAGUCGCGGCAACAGCAGCAGGUCAUCUCAAAACCUGUCGAGACCAAGCCGCAGAGAACGGAGGCUCCCAAGUUGAACGCCACCAAGAUCGACAGCAACUUGCCCACCUGCUGUGUGAUGGCCACACCAACCAAGUCCUACGACGGCGACUUCCAAUGGGUCAUCGAGCUGGAGAAGGGAUGGAGUGCAUGGAUGCCCAACAACGAGCCCUACCUGGGCGGCACUGAUGAGCCGAUGCGCUACAGCAUGGGUCGCUACGACUUCGAGGUGACCUUUGAAGAUGAGACCCACGGCCUCCAGACCAAUGUGACCACUGGCAAGUCUCGUCGCAUCCAGCGCCUGCAGCGGGGCGAGCCGAUGCCUGCCUGGGAGUUCAGAGAGUCACGGCAACAGCAGCAGCCGGCCAAAUCCGCCAGCCGGCCAGCGGAGCGGAAACCCGCACCGGCAGAGCCUAAGGCUCGCGCCACCAAGGUCGACAGCAACUUGCCGACCUGCGCGGUAGUGGGCACUUCGGUGAAGAAGACCUACGAGGGCGACUUCCAGUGGGUUAUCGAGUUGGAGAAGGGCUGGGACGUGUGGCUGCCGCAGGAUGCCCCCUACCUCGGCGGCACCGACGAUGUCAUGCGGUACAGCAUGGGCCGCUAUGACUUCGAGGUCCACUUUGACAGUGACGACAAGGGAGUCCAGACGAACCUCACCACUGGCAAGACUCGCCGUAUCCAGCGCUUGCAGAAAGGAGAGCCGAUGCCUGCCUGGGAGGGUACUGGCACGCGACGCCGCACUGGUACUGGCACACGACGCCGGACUGCGGGCGCACCGGCAGAGCCGGCAGUGCCAAAAUCCUCCGCAGCCGCUGCAGCACAAGCAAACCGCACCGUGCGCCGCACCGGCGACACCAAGCCGACUCCUGCGCAGAGGCCCCAGGACCCUCGGCUCAAGAGCGGGGUUGGGAGGCGAUUAGGCCACUGUGCGUUGACCACUCUUUGCAACUUGCUCUUUCAUCCACAUGUUUGUUUUUGGUUUGGGGCAACAGGUCAUGCGAUUGUUAUUUCAAUCGUGUCCCGCUCAGCGUUCUUCCUGAUUUGUUUGUUUUCAAGAUGCACUGGUUGCUUUGUGAACACCGGCAAAUGUUUGCAGUUGUUUCAAACUGACAUUUCUGAGCCAGCAUUGUGGUGCAGAGGUGUCGCAGUCCGCGUACCCGGCCAACACCGGCAAUGUGCCGCACUACAUGCGGGGCUUCAAAUCCAGGGGUUAGAACGGCUCAAUUGUUUGGUUCACAGGGCGAUGCUGUCCACGGGAAGGGAGGCGCGAUGCGAUCUGCCGACCGGCGUAUCGCUAUAA